UGGAUUUCCCCUAUCGGUGUUUUGUUCCCUUCUGUGUGAGACUUGUUUUGAGGUGCAAAAGACGUGAAAAUUGGUGGUUUUCAGUGGGAAAAACGUGUGGAAAAGUAUGCUGACUAUUGAGGAUAUCAAGAGGGAGUAUCCACUGCAUUGGCUGGUGUGGAAUAAUGAACCUGGACAACUCAGGGAUGCCCUCAAGGAGGAAAAUAAAUACGAUGUGGAAAAGGUGGAUCCACGAGGGAGGACCCCACUGAUGCUGGCAGUUCGUCUCUGUCAUCUUCAGUGUGUAAAAAUUCUCGUGGCUAAAGCCAAUACAAAUAUCGAGUGUGAAGGAUGGUCUCUUGUUCAGGAGGCCGUCUGCACCGGUGAUCCUGCCAUUCUCACAGCCGUCCUCGAAGUUCGUGAUCUUCAGCGUCAUAUUCAGCGUACAAAUCAUGUUCCACUUCUACUUCAGCGACUCCACGACGCACCCGACUUCUACGUGGAGAUGAAAUGGGAAUUCACCACCUGGGUGCCUUUGAUGUCACGUCUGUGUCCUAGUGACACGUAUCGUGUGUACAAAAGAGGCUCCAAUGUCCGCAUCGAUACCACUCUUUUGGGCUUUGAUCAUGCCACGUGGCAGCGUGGAAGACGUAGCUACAUCUUCCAGGGUCAACCGGAUUCGGCCAUGAUGAUUGAGGUGAAUCAUGAAACUCGUGAAGCGAGUAUGGAGACAAUUGAGGGCAUUAAUGAACCUCUGGAUGGCAUUGCACCGACUGAAGAGUCCAUUCGCUUCCGCCUGACCACUCCAGUGACGUCCAACAGUGUGGACAUGGAGAAGAUUAGUUUUGAGCGCAACAAAUCUGGCAUUUGGGGCUGGCGCAGUGAGAAGAAUGAAUCGGUGAAUGGGUAUGAGUGCAAAGUGUAUUCAGCUACAAAUGUUGAAUUCAUCACAAGGACUCGCACAGAGCAUCUGGCAGAGACACCGGUGAAGCCCAAAAAGGGAUUGCCGCUGCAGAGUUUAUUUGGAGUGAUGACUGAGGAGGAAAUGAGGGAGAGAACUACGGAAAUUGUCGAAGACAAUGCUCUUGUGGACACUCAACCUCUGCCACCAGCACCAAAGUUCACGCCACCAUUCGUAUCACCCGAGGAAUAUUUCUCGGAUGUUGAUCUCGGGGAGAGGGAUGUCGGCAGACCUAGAAAGGUUUCCACCAAAGUUCAGAAGUUUAAGGCAAAUCUCUGGCUCAGUGAAGAUUUUCCCAUCAAACUCCAGGAGCAAGUUAUUCCAAUUCUCGAUCUCAUGUCAACUAUCAUGAGUCCUCAUGUUAGCAAACUCAAAGACUUCAUCACCAUGCAACUUCCGGCGGGAUUUCCCAUCAAAGUUGAAAUCCCGCUUUUUCACGUUAUCAAUGCGUGCGUUACUUUUGGAAAUGUCUUCGCUUUGGAGACUCCAGUGCCAAAUGUUAGUCACAUUGAGGAGGAUAAUCGCCUCACAUGUGUCGUUGAUGACCAAUGCUUCCACAUUCCAGCGAAUUAUGAGAGAAAUGGAGGGGAAUAUUUAAGGAACAUGACUAGAGUGCAGGAUGAAGAUGAUUUGCUGCAAUUUGCCAUUCAGCAGAGUCUCAUUGAGUCGGGCAGUGAGAAUGAUCAAGUGGACAUUUGGGAGGCUCUUAGGGGUCAAAGACCUCUAACACCGGGUGCCCUGAGUGAUGAAGAUAGUCAGCUACAGAGAGCUCUCCAUGAGUCACUUCAUGUUAGAAGUGCCAGUGAUUCCCCAGAUGGAAAUUCCACACCGUCAUCACCCUCCAUUGACCCUGAUCUCGCCAUGGCGCUGAGACUGAGUCAGGAGGAGCAGGAUGAGAGGCAGCAGGAAUUGUUGCGUGAGCAGGAGAUGCUAGAGAAAGCCAUCAGAUUGAGCAUGGAGGAGAAAUGAGUGCAUUCUCUUUUUUUUCCAUUUAAAUAAAUUAAUUAAUUAUUCAGGGAAA